CUGUCUCUGUGCACGGUCUGUGACCAUGGCACCACAGAGACGGACGGGUGGCACACGCACAGACACACCCACUCACUCACUCAGACCAUGGCAUCUCACACACCACACACACACGCAUCCUCUAGAUAGAGAGACAACUCGCCACAGCUGCCACAGCUGUAGUGACCUGUCUCUCUUCCCACAAUGCAUGGAAACGUUACGACAUGACACGGCACAACACACAUGCACACGCACAUGCAUGCCCAACGACGUGGGGUCUUGUGGCCUCGUUGGCGAGCUGGAAGGACUAGCCAGGCUGAGUGGCUUGAAGCGGACACCAGCCGCAGUCCACCGCCACCAUGCAGCCAGAUCCACGUCAGUGGUUGACUUCGAUGUGGACGUGAUUCCAGUCGGCCACGCUCAGCCACUGCUUCGUGGGCCCCACCUCGGCGAACGCCUCGAUGUUGUAGUCUUUGUAGGGUCUGAAGCGCACCUUGCCAGGCCCAACGUCUUCCAGGUGGCAACAGCGGACGGACAGCUUCAGGAGGACGCCGCUGCACACAACAUACACAAAAUGCACUCACGUGCGUGUCUGCACUCUGGCGUGGCUGUGGUGCCCACCGGUUGGUGGCGUAGUCGAACGUGGCCUCUGGUGUCGGCGAGGCGUAGAUCCAGCCGUCACGGCUCGGCUUGAGGCUUUCCUCCUUCUGAAGGGAGACACACGCCCACGCAGGCAACACCAUGACGCGAGACACCCCUCUCUCCCUCCCUCCCUCCCUCCCUCCCUCCUCGCCUUUCCCGCCUCUCUCCGUCACAUACGCAGAUCUUCCGCCGGUUUUCUCCAUUUGUCUGGUGCCAGAGCGUUGCGAAGUGGUCGUCCUUGUUGUAUUGGCGCGCGCCCAAGCUUUUGUCAUGGGUGUAAGUGACGGUCUUGCAGAUGACGGUCUUGGUGCUGAAACCACCACCUCUGCCGGAUCCACCACCUUUGCCGCCACGGAAGCAUUUGGGCGCCAUCUUUCAAUUGUACAAGACGAAAAGAGCGAUGAGGGACGGACACGACAACGAGGAAGCACCGGUGCCGGCGGGAGCUGAUCUUUUGCGACGGCUCCUCUCUCCAUUUCACAGGUCAUUGUCGCUUAUUGGGUCUUCGUAGUCAGGCCUUG